GAAUCAUUUUUAUUCCACAAACAAUUUAACACACUCUGCUCUAUCAGAACAAGAAGACAAGUUAAUCAUAUAUACCAAAUUUAUUGCAUUUAGAUAAAUGAAGUUUCCAGUUUUUUCCCUCCUGUCAGUUGCUUUUGUUCUUCUGGUUUUACCCUCCUCACCUGCAGCUAACCCCGAUAAUUCUCCCAAUGAUUUUGUUCAAUGUCUAAUCCGUUCGAGCUCAGCUAAUCCUAUAUCCCAAGUUCUUUAUACUUCCAAAAAUUCUACUUAUAAGUCGGUCUUGCAAUUUUCCAUCAAUAACUUGAGGUUCGACACACCAACGACUCCUAAACCUAUGGUCAUUGUCAAGCCCGUGGACGAAUCACAAAUCCAAACUGUCAUUUACUGUUGCAAGAAACAUGACAUUCAGAUGAGGAUUCGAGGCGGGGGACAUGAUUAUGAAGGCCUCUCCUAUGUAGCCCAAGUGCCGUUUGUGUUGCUUGAUAUGAUUAAUCUUCGGUCAGUUGAUGUUGAUCCUGUGGCUGCGACCGCUUGGGUUCAGGCCGGAGCAACACUCGGGGAAUUAUAUUAUCAGAUUGCUCAGAAGAGCAGCACCCUUGCAUUUCCAGGUGGAAUUUGGUCAACCGUGGGUGUCAGUGGCCUCACAAGUGGAGGAGGGUAUGGCGUUCUGAGACGCAAAUAUGGCCUAGCUGCUGACAACGUGCUUGAUGCACGACUGAUUGAUGCCAACGGAAGAAUUCUUGAUAGAAAAUCAAUGGGAGAAGAUCUGUUCUGGGCCAUCAGAGGAGGCGGGGCUUCUAGUUUUGGUGUCAUUCUUUCUUGGAAGCUCAAGCUAGUUUCUGUUCCAAAAAUUGUUACUGUCUUUCAAGUUGAAAGAACUUUAGAGCAGAAUGCGACUGAAAUCCUUCACCGCUGGCAAGCAGUUGCACCAAAGCUUCCCAAAGACGUUGAAAUGAGAGUGGCAGCCAACACUAUUUGGAAGCACUUGCCUAAUGAAGCUUCCAAAACUGUACAAGAAGACGACUCUAGAAAUGUCCAAGACACUAAAACUAUAAGCGUCAAAUUCAUAGGGUCUUUCCUUGGGCAACCGAAGGGAUUACUUUCUAUAAUGAACAAAAAUUUCCCAGAGUUGGGUUUGGUGGGGCAGGAUUGCACAGAAGUUAGUUAUAUCCAAUCAGUGCUCAUGUUCUCUCUUUUCUCAGCUGAAGAUUCUCCAUCUGGCUUGUUGAACAGAACGGCAUACAAAAUCCCUUUCAAAGCAAAAUCAGACUUUGUGGACAAGCCUAUUUCAAGACAAGGCCUCGAUGGUUUGUUCAGGAUCCUUCUUCAAGCUGCGCCAGGAAGAACAAAUUUCCUCUUCACUUCAUUUGGGGGAAGAAUGGAUGAAAUUUCAGAAUCCGCAACUCCAUUCCCUCACAGGGCCGGAACAUUGUACCUGAUGUACAUGAGAGUGCGGACUGAUGGAGACACGUCGAAUGCCAUGAAGUGGAUUAGAGGCUUGUACAGAUACUUGACUCCCCAUGUUACCAAGUCUCCGAGAGCUGCAUAUGUAAAUUAUAAUGAUCUAGACUUGGGAGUGAACAAUCUGCAAGGUACUACCAGCUACAAACAAGCAAGUGAAUGGGGUCGAAACUACUUCAAAAAUAAUUUUGACAGACUGGUUAAAGUCAAGUCCAGUGUGGAUCCAGAUAACUUUUUUAGGCAUGAGCAAAGUAUUCCUCCCUUUUCUUAGUUUGGUAAAUAUUCAGAUCCAUUGAUGUAAGCUGCUGUUAUAAAGUAUCCCUUGAUUGUAUUCAUUUUUUUUAGAAUUUGAUGUUACUGUAAUGUUGAACGACUUCUGUAAACUUGAGGGCGUAUGCUGUUUAAUGAUAAAAUGGUUGUGUA